UGCAUAAUCCCUCAGUUCAUUUAUUAACAGCAGUUGUUCAAUUUUUUUUUUUUGUUUAGACAGCCAAAAUUUGAUUCCGUUACAGCCGUUUACUGUCCGGCUGUGUAGUAUUAUCAUUCCACCGAACCUUUUACAUUGAUGCCUUUCCACGAUCGGGCCAAGGCGCGCCUGGAGCAUGAGGUGACCCUCCUGCGCCGCGAGGUGGCCGAACUGCGCUCCAAACAGGAAGAGCGCCGCAGAACUCGCAAGGAUCAGGCGGCGCUGCAGGCGCAUCUGGAGCACGAGAUCGAGUUGCUGAAAAAAGAACUGGCCUCGGUUCGUAACGAUCACCAUGAGCGGGAGCGCGGUGGAGCCGAGCAGUGCUCCAUGAUGAGUCAGCAACUGGGGAAGCUGGACGACCACGUGACCAAGCAGGAGAAGUACAUCGCCUUCCUCGAGGAGCAGAUCAGCCACACGCGCACCAAGUAUAAGGAGCGUAUGAGCGACGUUCGGAAGAGCGCCGACCUGGUCGAAAAGGAACUGCAGCGGGUGCGCCACCAGAUGAAAUCCAUCGCCGAGCAGGCCGGUGAAGUGGACAACCUGCAGCAGCAGUUGGAGCUCCUCAACGAAAAGCUAGAACGCCGGAACUCGAUCAUCUCGAAGUACGAGGCCCAGCAGGAGGAAAUGGUGGGUGUCCUGACAGAUCUUCAGAGGCAACUGGAUGAAAAGGACCGUUGCAAGGGUGGCGGAAACGACCAACACGGUAGGAGCCCUCACCACGAAGAUGAGAAGAUCACUCCCCGUAAGCCAUCAGUUCGCAAGGAUAAGCACCGGUCCUCUAGGGAUAAGCGCAGGUCCUCUAAAAAUAAGCGCAAGUCCUCGAAGAGCCCACCGCUCAGAUUUGCUUAUCUCUCCGAGGCGCUAAAACAUAAACUAAGUAACCAGGACGACCUAAGUUUCGACAGCUAACUUCUAGGGGGUAGGAGCCAUAUCCACGAAGAUGAGAAGAUCGCUCCUCAAAAACCAUCAGUUCACAAGGAUAAGCACAGGUCUUCUAGAAGCCAUCCCCACGAAGAUGAGAAGAUCGCUUCUCGUAAGCCAGCAAUUUACCGUAGGAUAACCUCAAGUCCUCCAAGGAUAUAUGGAAACCCGCCAUUAGGUCCUGCUCAGCCUCUCCGAGGCGCGGAAAAUAAAACUAAGAAGCAGGACCACCAAGGCUUCGACGGAUAACCACAAGAGGGAUCUUACGUCCUGCCCUCAGGCAUCAGCUAACAUCUUAUUCAAAAUUUUAUUUAUAGCUCUUCUCAGCGAACCCGUUCACUUAUAAUUUUAGAAUUGUGAUUUGUAACCUUUUAGAAACUUUUCAUAUAAAAAGACAAAUAUAUAAAAAAGUCAAUACCAAAACGGAA